GUGAGCUGUGAUUGGUCACAGCUUGUCACAUGGUGCAAGGCUGUUGUGAAUAGCCCUGUACCAUGUGAUCUGUGUGAUCAUUCACAGAUUUCACACGUAGUAAGCAAUGAUGUCACAAUUGACAACGAUCCAACGAUCGGUAAGUGACAUCUUACUUACUACUCUGCAUGUGAUCACUGAUUGGCCAAUCAGUGAUCACAUGAUCCGGACCUCACACAGAGGUCCCGUACAACGAUCGGUGUUCCACUGUGUCCAGAGGACACAGCGUGCACCGGAUCCCAGGGAGCGCGCACAAGCAGGGUGCGGGGAG